CACCCCCCCUUCUCCGCCCACCGCACCGCGGACGGCAGCAUAUUUGCCCGUGGGGCCCAGGACGACAAGUGCAUCGCCAUCCAGUACCUCGAGGCCAUCCGAAACCUGAAAGCCGCCGACUUUGUCCCAAUCCGCACCGUCCACCUGUCCUUCGUCCCCGACGAGGAGAUCGGCGGCCUGGACGGCGUCGCCAAGUUCGCGGCUUCCAAGGAGUUUCGGGAUUUGAACGUCGGGUUUAUGCUGGACGAAGGCCAGGCCAACCCUGGCGACGAGUUUAGGGUUUUCUACGCCGAUCGGACUCCGUGGAGUUUGAUCGUCAAGGCGAAGGGCGCUCCCGGGCACGGGUCCAGAUUGUACGACAAUGGAGCGAUGGAGAAUUUGAUGAAGAGCGUUGAGGUUAUGACUCGAUUUCGGGCGGCCCAGUUCGAUGUGAUCAAAGCCGGGAAGGCCGCCAUUUCGGAGGUUAUUUCGGUCAAUCCGGUUUAUUUGAAAUCUGGGAUUGCUUCUGGCGAUGGGUUUGCGAUGAAUAUGCAGCCUUCGGAGGCCGAGGCCGGGUUUGAUAUAAGAAUACCGCCUACUGUGGACCCCGAGCUUGUUAGGAAGAGGAUUGCUGAAGAGUGGGCACCGGAGGCGAGGAAUUUGACAUACCAGCUAAUUCAGAAAGGACCGACUAGAGACUAUAGGGGUCGCCCUUUAGCAACACCAACCGAUGAUUCCAAUCCAUGGUGGUCUGUUUUCAAACAAGCUAUCGCAUCGGCUGGAGGCAAACUUGCAAAGCCUGAAAUCUUGGCAUCAACUACCGAUGCACGAUACAUGAGACAGCAGGGCAUUCCCGCUCUUGGGGGUUUCUCCCCAAUGACGAAUACUCCCAUCUUACUUCAUGACCAUAACGAGUUCCUAAAGGAUACCGUAUUCUUGAAGGGCAUAAAAGUAUAUGAAUCUGUAAUCAGUGCUUUGAGUUCCCUAGUGGAAACAUCUGAAUAGCCACCACAGUACUAAAUGGAGAGAACAAUGAUUGCAUAUUAAACUUGCCAUGGUAGUAGUGCUGCACCAUUUUAAGUGGCGUUUUGCACUCCGGGCACUCAGGGGUGGAUUCAAAGCGAGCGUCAUCUGAAAGGUGAAGUUGUUGGUUUAAAAUGCUUGAACAGUUUUACAAAUUGUUAUAAAUCGUCCCCAUCAAGCUUUGCAAAUAUUUUCUAUAAAUUGUCCAAACUGAAUAAAAGUCCUGAAUCUGCCAAUCUAGAUGCCCUGGACGUUCUUGUUGUUGCUGUGAUUGUGUCUUGCUGUAAUGUCAUUUAUUGUACAUUCCUUGAAACGAUGUAUAUGAUUGAAUAAGAGGGAUUGCAAAUUAAUAUAUGGCAUAUAUAUAUAUAUAUAUUAUUGCUGAAGUCACAGUCGAGUAUGGCGUUUGUACUUUGUUCAAUGAACCA